GUUACACGUCGGAAAUGUAGUUUAUCAUCAAAAUCAUAAUUCCAGUAAAAUAUAUUUAAAAACAGCUAGGCUUAACACCAGCCUUUCAGAUGGGAAAUUCUAAGGCGGUGGAUGUCGUGGUCUUUGGGUCGGCAAAUAUCGAAUACAUAACACAUGUUGCUGAGCUGCCGAAACCCGGAGAACUUGUCGCCGGAACGUAUAUGGAUACAUGCUUCGGUGGCAAAGGAGCCAAUCAGUGUGUGGCAGCUGCCAAACUGGGAGCUUCCACAGCACUGGUGGCCAAACUGGGAAAGGACGAAUCCGGCAAUGGUUACCUGAAUCAUCUGAAGCAUCAAGAGGUUAAUGUGCUGCACGUCGAGCAGGUGAAAAAUAAUCCCACGGGCAUGAGCGAAAUCGCGGUGUCCGAUGAGGGACAGCAGUACACGAUCAACGUGGCCGGUGCGAAUGCCCUCCUCACGGCCAAAGAUGUUAGCCGGGCCAAGAAGGCUUUUAGCGGUGCCAAGGUGCUUCUCUGUCAACUGGAAACAGACAUGAAUGCCAGCAUGUGUGCGAUGCGGCAGUUCAAGGGAGUUUCCAUUCUACACAUGUCACCCAUGAGAAAAGAGAUUCCAGCUGGAAUGAUCGCCUUGCCCAAUAUUCUGGUUGUAAACCAAGAGGCAGCAGCUCAAUUAGCCGAAUUGGAGGAGGUCAAGACCCUUGAACAGGCUAGAGAAGCAGCAGUGGCUAUCAUAGAAAAGGGAGCCAAGAGCGUGAUCAUCACCAUGGGCGACCAGGGUGCGGUUUAUAUGUCUAAAAAGGACACCGAUAUGUGCACUCAUGUGCCCGCUGCCGAUGUGCCGCAUUUGGCCGAUCCCUCGGGAGCGGGAGAUGCCUUUCUGGGCAGUUUGGCCUAUCACAUAGCGCGAUUUCCGAAACUGACCACAGAGCAUCACAUCAGUGCAGCCAAUUCCUGUGCUGCCUAUUCCGUUGGCCGACUUGGCACUCAGCCCAGUUUUCCGGGCAAGGAUGGUGCCAAGAAUGAUCUAUGCUAUAUGACACCCACCUUCAAUGUUAUACCACCUCCAAGUGCAGAAGCUGAACCUGGGGAAAAUGAGGAAUCUGGGGAAACUAAGAAGCAGCAACCGCCAGUAGUUGCUCCUCCACCUGAAGAAGCUCCUGCUCCUGAACCAGUAGUUGAAGAACCACCACCACCUCCUCCGCCAGAGGAACCUGUUGCAGAAGCUGCACCUCCUCCACCAGAAGAAGCUCCUGUUCCAGAACCAGUAGUUGAAGAACCACCACAACCUCCUCCGCCAAAGGAACCUGUUGCAGAAGCUGCACCUGUGGACGUUGAAGAACCCCAACCAGUAGAAACUUCCAAUAAACCCACAAAAGAACGACCAUCAACUAAAACAUAAAAACAAUAUUUUUACUCUAUGCAAUAUUCCUUAAAAAAUUUUAAAUAAACUUCUUUUAGGAA